UUAAUAUUUUUGCGGAAAGCCAAUGAGAGAAUUGAUCGACUUUUCCUCGUUCUCUCUCUGGCUCUGCGAUUUCUCACAGGCCGCAGCUGCGCACGGCGACAAUGGCGAGGCCUCCGCGGCACUCACGGCUGCUCCCCGGACGGAGAUCCUCCCCCUUCACUCUCAUUCUGGUGGCGCUACUCACUGUCUCGGUGGUCCUCCUCAUGCUCCUCGCUCUGGGGAUCUUCUCCCUCCCUGUUGAAUCCGACGGUCCCGCCAAGCACGGUCCUCGAAGAUCCAUCCGGGAGGCGAAGAAUGAGCCGGAGCACGGAGAGGAUCAGUGGACGGAGGUGAUCUCGUGGGAACCCAGGGCAUUUGUGUAUCACAAUUUUAUGUCCCAGAAAGAGUGUGAGUACCUCAUUGAAUUAGCAAAGCCUCACAUGCAGAAGUCAACAGUUGUAGAUAGUGUGACAGGUCGGAGUAAAGACAGCAGGGUGCGGACAAGUGCUGGCAUGUUUCUUAGAAGAGGACAAGACAAAAUCAUCCGAACAAUUGAGAAAAGAAUAGCAAACUUUUCCUUCAUACCGAUGGAGCAUGGAGAGGGUCUUCAGGUUCUUCAUUACGAAGUUGGUCAGAAAUAUGAACCUCACUUUGAUUACUUCAUGGAUGACUUCAACACUAAGAAUGGCGGUCAGCGAAUAGCUACACUUCUCAUGUACCUUUCUGACGUAGAGGAAGGUGGUGAAACUGUGUUUCCUUCUGCAAAAUUCAACAGAAGUUCUUCACCGGAGUUAUCGGAAUGUGCAAAGAAAGGCCUUUCUGUUAAACCAAAGAUGGGCAAUGCUUUACUCUUCUGGAGUAUGAAGCCGGAUGCCUCCCUGGAUCCAUCUAGUUUACAUGGUGGAUGCGCUGUUAUUAAAGGAAAUAAAUGGUCUGCUACGAAAUGGAUGCGUGUUCAUGAAUAUAGAACGUAGUUACUUUGCUGAGAAGGUACUUUAAUUCCUUAUCCUCCUUGGCUUGAGAAAUGCUACUGUGGCCUUCUGAAAGCAACAUAAUCAUCAUCUUUUAUUCUAUUAGGAAGAUAAAAAGGCUGAGCAGAAAUGCAGUUUUUUGACUUAACGCUGGCAUAACUGUGACAGUUAAUUACAGUUUGGCCAAUUAGAUGGAUGGAUAAAAUCAAGCAAGCUACAUACUGCAUAUGCCUUAUGCUGCCAUUAUUUUGAGGUCCUUGUGACAUUUUGGCCACAGUUAAUCACAAUUCCACCAAUUAGAUGGACGCAUAAAUGAUCAACUGAAUAUUUACGAUAGAGACCUAUCUAUAUAUAAACUCUGUUCUCUAAUCUGUAUUCUUGUGAAUGUUAUGCUAGGUAACCUAAUUAAUAUGGUAGAAUCAGAACUUCAUGCUGUAAAGUUGCUCGUUCUUCCAACUGCUGAACAUAUCUAUAUAACCUAGAUGAUGAAUGUAGCGUUUAAUUUUAAAUUAGAAGAGACGCCUUUUAUUGAUAAUAAAAAAUUACGAGGUUGCAUCUCUUCUUGAAAGAUAAACGAAAGUUAUGAGGAAACCACUUGCUCAUUUUUAUCAAAAAAGCUUGCAGUUACUCUGCUGAUUUUUAACUUUGCUUACCUUUGUUGUAGAAAAAUUUGCUUUCCAAUCUUUUACUGAAUGAUGCCAAGCAGUUUCUACUUCAUACUUCAUGUUUAGCAUCGAGAGAGAUCAAUUUAGCAUCGAAUAGAGAUCGGCACGUAUGUUGACAGUUGGAGUUCAUGGAAACAUAAUUCAGUUCUUUUCUCCAUUUCUCCCUCAUUUUUGUAAGUCAUGUCAAACUACACAUUCAAUACCGUGUAGAUGCUAUGAGUCGAACUUGAUACUGUUCAGUUUUCCAACAAUAUUUUGACAAUAUGAUCUGCCGCUUCAAGCUU